AUGCCUGCUGCUGGAACAUCCACAACCAGGAAACCACCGUCAAUGCGGGCGUUGACGGCAAAACUGAAGGAAAUUCAGCUAUCCUUCAGCGAUAUUUGGCGGUUUGUUCAGUCAUUCAAGGAAUCCUGCAAGGUUACCGAGGUAGAGGUACGCCUUGGUAAGUUGGAAGAAAUAUGGGAAAGUUUUAGUGAAACCUUUGUCGAAAUCCUAUACCAUGACGACUAUAAUCCGGAAGGAUCGGCCUAUGAGAAGGAGCGAAUGGAAUUUAGUGACAACUAUUAUGAGGUCAAGGCAUUCCUAAUGGAAAAGGUCAAAAUGCUUCAAGAACCACAAGCGUUAGAACAGUCUAUGCGAUCAGGUGAAGCGAUGCAGUUGGUCACAGAUCAUGUUCGCCUACCACAGAUUAAGCUUCAAACAUUCAAUGGGAAUGUGGACGAAUGGUUGAGUUUUCGAGACCUAUUCACUUCCCUGAUUCACUGGAAGGUAGACUUGCCAGAGGUGGAAAAGUUCCAUUACUUAAAGGGUUGUCUCCAAGGUGAACCUAAAUCCUUAAUCGACCCUCUUCAAAUUACGAAGGCAAAUUAUCAAGUGGCAUGGGAAAUGCUGUUGAGGCGAUAUAACAACAGCAAACAAUUGAAAAAGCGGCAGAUCCAGUCACUCUUCAAUUUACCUACGCUUUCCAAGGAAUCAGUAGCCGAUUUGCAUACCCUAGUGGAGGGUUUCGAGAGAAUCGUACAAACGCUUGAUCAGAUUAUUCAACCGACGGAUUAUAAGGAUUUGUUGCUAGUUAACAUUCUGACUACUAGACUGGAUCCAGUCACACGAAGGGGGUGGGAGGAGGUUUCAGCCACGAAGGAGAAUGAUACAUUGUCGGAUAUGUCAGAUUUCUUGCGACGGCGAAUGCAGGUUUUGGAUUGUUUGCCGCUGAGAGCUGUUGAUAAUAAAGAUUCACAAAGGUCAUCUCAGUUGUUAAGGCAGAAACAAAUUAUGAGGAUUAGCCAUAGCUCGUCGCAAUCGUCUGGAGGACGAUGCGUAGCCUGUUCAUCGGAUCAUCUUCUUCAUCAGUGUAACGCGUUUCAACGAAUGGUAGUGACGGAUAGAGAUGCACUUUUGAAAACUCAUGUACUUUGCAGAAAUUGCUUUAGGACAGGACAUCAGGCAAGGGAAUGUCAAUCCAAAUAUUCUUGUCGCAAUUGCAAAGGCCGUCAUCAUACCUUAGUUUGCUUUAAGCCGGAAAGGAAUAAGAAUCCAAAGGCUGCAGUAGUUGCUGAGGACAAUGGAGCACCUGCAGCCGAAUCACCAUUAAAUCCCUCUCCCACUCAAGUGGCUAACUUGGCAGCCAGUGAUAUGUUGGUAACGGUUGCGGCGCACCAGUAUGCUACGCAAGUUAUUCUAGCAACAGCGGUCGUCUUAAUAGAGGAUAACACCGGUAAUAGAUUACCAGCUCGGGCUCUACUGGAUUCUGGUUCAGAAAGCAACUUUAUAACAGAGCGGCUAGCACAGCGGAUGCAAUUUUCUCGCGAUCGUGUAGAUAUUUCGAUACUAGGAAUCGGUCAAACGAAGACCAAGGUAAAGCACAGGAUACGUGCGGUGAUACGGUCACGAACAUCUGCAUUUUCUCGAGAGCUAGGAUUUUUGGUUCUUCCUAAGGUUACGGUAAACCUUCCAAGCACCACCAUCAACACGGAUAGAUGGUCGAUUCCGACAGGAAUUCAACUGGCCGACCCAGCGUUUUUCGAGUCGCAGGUAGUGGACCUCGUACUUGGAAUUGAACCAUUUUUCGAAAUUUUCGAAACCGGUCGAAGAAUUUCAAUUAGUGAAGGAUUACCAACAUUGAACAAAUCUGCAUUCGGAUGGGUGAUAUGCGGUGGUAUCGCGAAUCCGAGCCAAUCCUCACAUAUUAGCUGCAAUGUGUCCACAUUGGAAGGUCUCGACGAAAUGUUGUCUCGAUUUUGGUCAUGUGAGGAGGUCGAAUUAAGCAACCCACUUUCACCAGAGGAAAAACGCUGUGAGGAACUAUUUUUGCAAUCUGUUCAUAGGAAUGCUAACGGUCGAUAUACUGUGACUUUGCCAAAGCGAGAAGACAUAUUCUCUAGGUUAGGCGAGUCUAGAGACAUAUCUUAUCGACGUUUACAGGGAACUGAACGUAGGCUGGCGAAGAACUUAGGACUACGUGAUCAAUACUCGGCAUUCAUGGAGGAAUAUGUAUCAUUGGGACAUAUGCGCAAGGUCGAUGAUGCUUCAUCCGGUUCGGUUAAACGGUGCUAUUUACCACAUCACCCAGUGAUCAAAGAGCCCAGCACGACUACUAAGGUUCGUGUAGUAUUCGAUGCCUCCUGUAAAACGUCUUCGGGAACCUCACUCAACGAUGUGUUGCUGGUGGGACCAGUGAUACAGGAUGACCUACGCUCAAUCAUAUUACGGAGUCGGACCAAACAGAUUAUGCUCGUGUCUGACGUGGAGAAAAUGUUUCGUCAGAUCAAUGUUUGCCAGGAAGAUCGUGCAUUCCAAUGCAUUCUUUGGCGGGAGAGGCCUACGGAUAAGGUUGACACGUAUGAACUAGGCACAGUGACAUAUGGUACCAAAUCCGCGCCAUUUCUAGCUACCAGGAUACUUCACCAGUUAGCAUUGGAUGAAGAGGAAAGGUAUCCACUCGCAGCAAGAGCGGUAAUCUAUGAUACAUAUAUGGAUGAUGUGAUCACGGGUGCAGACGAUAUAGACAUUGCCAUCAAACUGCAAGCACAGCUAGAAGCUAUGAUGGCCAAGGGAGGAUUUCGAUUAAGAAAGUGGGCAUCGAACUGUUCGUUAAUUUUAAACGGUGUUCCCGAGGAAGAUCGCGCGAUUCGAAUAUCGGAAGGAAUCGAUUUAGAUCCAGACUCGUCGAUAAAAACCUUAGGAUUAACAUGGAUGUUAGUGACAGACACGCUCAAGUUCCAAUUCACGGUUCCCGCGUUAGAAACUGGAAAGGCACUCACAAAACGCUAUAUAUUAUCUACUAUUGCCACACUGUUCGACCCAUUGGGGCUGCUGGGAGCAGCUAUUACUUCCGCGAAGAUUUUUAUGCAACAAUUAUGGGCAUUGCGAGACGAAUCGAACAGCAGAGUAGGUUGGGAUCAACCACUACCCUCAACGGUGGGUGAGUCGUGGAUACGGUAUCAUGAACAGCUUCCGGUUUUCAACCAAUUGAGGAUUGAUCGCUGUGUGAUAAUCCCAGAAGCAGUAAAGAUUGUGAUUCACUGCUUUUCGGACGCUUCAGAGAAGGCAUAUGGUGCAUGUUUGUACUUACAAAGUCAGAAUGCGGAAGGAAAAUUCAAGGUGCGAUUACUUUCAUCCAAAUCCAAGGUUGCUCCAUUAAAGUGUCAAACCAUACCAAGACUGGAGCUAUGCGGGGCACUUUUAGCAGCUCAGCUUUACGGGAAGGUUAAAAGUUCUAUUGGAAUCAACGCGGAGGCUUUCUUCUGGACAGAUUCGACGUGUGUUUUACGUUGGAUUCAGGCCAUCCCUACCACGUGGAGUCCAUUCGUUGCUAAUCGUACAGCAAAAAUUCAAACGAUUACGGAGGGUUGUCAGUGGCGGCAUGUACCAGGAAUUCAAAAUCCUGCCGACCUGAUAUCCAGAGGCAUUAAUCCCAAGGAUAUUAUCCAAAACACUUUCUGGUGGCAAGGACCGGACUGGUUGGAAAAGGGGCAAGAUGAUUGGCCUGAAAGCAUCAAGGACAAUCCGUCAGACGAGGGAGAGGCAGAGAAACGGCGAACGGCAGUUGUUGGUACAGUUUCUGUUUACACUAAUUUCAACCAAGAGUACAUCGGGAAAUUUUCAUCGUACAACAAGCUCAUUCGUCACACAGCAUAUUGGUUACGAUUGAUCAAGUUGUUGCAACUGCCAGCAAAGGAUAGACAUAACGAAGGAUUUCUUACCACAGAAGAAUUGAAACAGGCGGAAUGCACACUUGCCCGCAGAGUACAGAAGGAGGUUUUUCUAGAUGAAUGGAAAACUUUGUCUAUGGGAACUGCACUUAAAAAGGGAUCACCUUUACGAUGGUAUAACCCAUUUAUUUCUAAAGAUCAGCUGAUCAGAUUAGGAGGGCGACUGAAAUAUGCUCACGGAUCAGAAGAUACUAAACACCCAAUUGUUUUACCCGCACGGCAUCAAUUUACUUACUUGAUUCUGCUACAAUACCACGAACGACUGCUGCACGCUGGACCGCAGUUAUUAUUAGCUGCAGUACGACUGCACUUUUGGCCACUAGGAGGAAGGAAUGUAGCGAGACACAUUGUGCGGAAAUGCCUGAAAUGCUACCGUUUAAAACCAACACCGAUUCAGCAGUUCAUGGGGGACUUGCCACCUUCGAGAGUUACAGCAUCUCGCCCGUUUACCCGUUCAGGAGUUGACUAUUUUGGCCCCGUUUAUGUCAGAACCGCGCCACGGCGAGUGGCUGUCAAGGCCUAUGUAUCGAUUUUCAUAUGCCUCUGUACUAAGGCGGUUCAUUUAGAGCUUGUUACAGAUCUUUCAACGGACCGAUUUCUUCAAGCUCUUCGACGAUUUAUAGCUAGAAGAGGCAGAUGUGUGGAUAUGUAUUCCGACAACGGAACUAAUUUUGUGGGUGCUCGAAACAAGAUGGAAGAAUUCCUUAGACUGCUGAAGAAUCGCAAUCACCACGAGGUAGUGUCAAGAGAAUGCGCCAAGGAAGGAAUUCAAUGGCACUUUAACCCACCAAGCGCACCACAUUUCGGUGGCCUUUGGGAGGCAGCAGUUCGAUCCGCCAAAAAUCAUCUGCUCAAGGUUGUUGGUGAAACGCCGAUGUCGUCAGAGGACUUUAACACCCUGUUAGUACAGGUGGAAGGCUGCCUCAAUUCUCGCCCCCUAACACCAAUGUCCGAUGAUCCUAACGAUCUGGAACCAUUAACACCAGCACAUUUCUUAAUCGGUUCAUCAAUACAUGCCUUACCUGAACCGGAUCUUACUACGAUACCUAUUAAUCGACUUCAGCACUGGCAACUAACUCAACGUAGGUUGCAAGAUUUUUGGACCAGAUGGCGUAGGGAGUAUCUCUGUCAGCUGCAAGCGAGGACGAGACGAUGGAAACCAGCGGUUCAAAUUGAAGUGGGAAAGCUGGUUGUGAUUAAGGACGAUAAUCAGCCCCCUCUGAAGUGGAAGAUGGGAAGAAUAUGUGAUACUCAUCCCGGAAAAGACGGAGUUGUAAGGGUGGUUACCUUAAGGACAGCCACCGGACUACUUACCCGACCCGUAGAAAAAAUUUGUUUCCUGCCGAUCGCAAAUGAAGAAACAAAAAUCAACAAAAGGUCAGCGUCAACCUAA